AUGUCUGCGGCCGCCGACGCGCAGGCGCACGUCGUCGCGCAGCCGCCGUCACCCAAGCCGAGCCACGACUACAAGGGCUUCGUCGCCGGCAUAGGCAGUGGCAUUGCCAAACUCACAGUCGGCCAUCCCUUUGACACGGUCAAGGUGCGCCUGCAGAGCUCCGACCGCUUCAAGGGCCCGCUCGAGUGCGUCUUGCAGACGAUUCGCCUCGAGGGCGUGCGCGGGCUGUACAAGGGCGCGACGCCGCCGCUCGUCGGCUGGAUGUUUAUGGACUCGGUCAUGCUGGGCUCGCUCAGCGUCUACCGGCGUCUGGUGGCGCAGCACGUCUUUCACGUCGACGUCUGGGCGCCCGGCACCCUCCUGCCCUCCUCCUCUGGAUCCUCGCGGACCGCGCUGCCGUCUGUCGGCCACGGCCUGGCCGGCAUUCUCGCCGGCGGAACCGUCUCCUUCAUCGCCGCGCCCGUCGAGCACGUCAAGGCGCGGCUGCAGAUCCAGUACGCCGCCAACAAGGCUGCCCGGCUGUACUCGGGCCCGCUCGACUGCGUCGCCUGCAUCUACCGCCACCACGGCGUGCGCGGCGUCUACCACGGCCUCGGCGCCACGCUCCUCUUUCGCGGCUUCUUCUUCUUCUGGUGGGGCUCCUACGACCUCUUCUCGCGCUGGAUGCGGCAGCACACGAGCCUCAGCCAUCCGGCCGUCAACUUUUGGGCCGGCGGCCUCUCGGCGCAGGUGUUUUGGCUGACGUGCUACCCGGCCGACCUCGUCAAGCAGCGCAUCAUGACGGAUCCGCUCGGCGGCGGCCUGGGCGACGGCCGGCGCAAAUACGCGACGUGGCGCGACGCCGCGGUGGAUGUCUACCGGGAGGCGGGCUGGAGGGGCUACUGGCGCGGCUUCUUGCCGUGCUUUUUGCGUGCCUUUCCGGCGAAUGCAAUGGCGUUGGUUGUGUUUGAGGGCUUGAUGAGGACAUUGCCGUAG